UCAGGACAAGACGAAGAGAACUCCAACACAGCGAAGAUAAUCAUGCAGUGGCGCGCGCUCCUCGUACUGGUGCUGGUGGUGGUGCUGGCGGCCUACACCCAAGCCAAGGCCUGCUGCGGCAGCGGGGGCCACGGCCACCACCACGGGGGCGGACACGGCAGCCACGGGGGAGGAGGAGCUGGGGGAGGCUUCGGCGGUGGCUUUGGAGGUGGCGGUGGAGGUGGAAGUGGAGGUGGAUUCGGCGGCGGCGCUGGCGGAGGUUGGGGCAAGUAAAGGACUCCAGCCAUGACCACCUCCGCAUCCUACCGACAAAAUCCUGCAGGACCCCUAAACGCGCCUCCUCCUGGACACCCCCAAGCACAUCCUAUCCUGCCUCCUAAACCUUCUCCUUCUUCAUCCUUUUCUUCUUUAUCCUUCUUUUCCUUUCCCUUUCUUCUCUUUACGAUAUAACAUGCAUUCUUUAUCUUUCUUCCUGUCCCACUAAUCUUCCUCUUUCUUCCUAUCCUCCUCUUCCUCUUCCUCUUCCUCCUUUCCUCUAAAUCUCUAACACAAAUUCUUCCUCUUAUCUUAUCAUUUACCCCUCCUCCUCCUCCUCCUCCUCCCCCUCCUCCUCCUCCUCCUCCUUCUCCUUCUUCUUCAUCUUCCUCCUUUAUCAUUCUUUCUCUCCCUUCUACUUUUAUCCUUCCUUCCUUCGUUUCCCGCCACCCAGAGAUGAGGACGCUGAAGGAUCGAAGAGAAGAAUCCUAGAAUCCUACAACAGACUCCUACGGAUGAAAGAGGAUCCCCACAGACCUCUUAUAAGCCGUCUGUCUGUCUGUCUAUUUGUCUGUCUGUUUUUUUAUGUAAUUGGUUCUUGUUUCGGAAUUUUCAUUUUUUUGUUUUUUGUAUUUUGUCUGUUUUAAAUGUUCCUUUUUAUUUGUUUGUUUUGUUUCUGAUUUCGUGAUUAAUUAAAUGGAUUGGAGUUGCA